CUGCCCGCCUACCCAGCGGCGGAACCGCCCGGACCGCUGUGGCUGCAGGGCGAGCCUCUGCAUUUCUGCUGCCUGGACUUCAGCCUGGAGGAGCUGCAGGGCGAGUCGGGCUGGCGGCUGAACCGCAAGCCCAUCGAAUCCACGCUGGUGGCCUGCUUCAUGACCCUGGUCAUUGUUGUGUGGAGCGUGGCCGCCCUCAUCUGGCCAGUGCCCAUCAUCGCCGGCUUUCUGCCCAACGGCAUGGAGCAGCGCCGGACCACCGCCAGCGCUACCGCGGCCGCCCCCGCUGCAGUGCCGGCGGGGACCACCGCGGCUGCCGCCGCCGCCGCAGCUGCAGCCGCUGCCGCUGCGGCUGUCACCUCGGGGGUGACCACCAAGUGACUCGCUCCGCUCCUCCCUGCGUCCUCCCUGUGUCCGCGCUCGUGGGUGCCUUUCUCGCCGGGAGACUCGGCAGGUGUGCUUCGUGCUGUAGUUAUCGUUAGUUCUUUUUCCGGGGAGGGGGCCGCAGGAGAGCCCCAGCGAUUUUGAAAAGCCAGGUUUGUGCUGCGCUUCCUGUUCCGAAAAGCAGGUGCAAGCCUUUGGAUUGAGGGGUGGGAUCCACAGCUCCGAAGACAGAGCAGGGAAAAGGGGCCCUUUCCCCUCUAUUGCAUCCCCCUGCCCGCCUUCCUCCCCGCACCCACGUGCCCUUUAUUCAUGGCAGAAAAAUGACCAAAUCCUGUGUAUUUGUUUUAUAUAUUUAAUAACUGUUUUAAAUGAAAGUUUUAGUAAAAAAAAAAUACAAAACAAAAAGAUUAAAUUGCUAUUGCUGUAGUAAGAGAAGCUCUUUGUAUCUGAACAUAGUUGUAUCUGAAGUUUGUUGUUUUUUAAUUUAUUUUAAAGGGGGGAGGGCAUGGGAAGGAUUUGACACCGAUAUAUUGUUAUCGCUAAAAAUGAACUUUAAGAACCUUUUCCAAGUCGAUUUAUCCAGUGACGUGGCCUGGUGGGCGUUUCUUCUUGUACUCCUGUGGAUUUUUGGCUUUUAAUACAGACAUUUUCCUCCAGA